AAUCUUAAGACGGACUUGGCAAUCUACAUGAAUACUUUAUUCGGCUGUCAAAACAAACCCCGGAGCAGAGAUGAAAUGAUGGCUAUAUGAUCAUCAUUAUGUGUCAAAAAGCUGAAUGUCAUGGCUAAUAUAAAUCGGCGGAAAGGAGGCAAUUUUAUUGCGAAGAAUCAGAAUGAGUUUCCUGGUCUUUAAAUAGAUCCAUAUUCGCACUUCACAUUAGUCCUCGAAUCUUCAUCCAAAGUAUCACCAUCUGCUACACAACAUCAACAACGGCAUUCUUUUAGCACUCUCACUCAUCCAAUCUUCAGCAUGUUUUCAAGCACGACACUCAAAGCAGUAUUUCUAUCUCUCCUUGCCUACGCUUCAGCUCUGCCUUCUGAAUUGGACACCCGCGCAGCAUGUCCUGAAAUUCACAUCUUUGGUGCUAGAGAGACCACAGCACCAGCAGGAUUCGGAACCGCAGGUGUGGUUGUCGACCUCAUCCGUGCUGCUCAUUCUGGGGCAACUGCCGAAGCCAUCAACUAUCCCGCAUGCGGCGGUCAAUCUUCGUGUGGUGGAGUUAGCUAUGGAAACAGUGUUGUUGCAGGAGUUUCUGCCGUCGCAGCUGCAGUGAAUAAAUAUAAUACAGAUUGCCCAAGUACUAAAUUGGUAUUGGUGGGGUAUUCCCAGGGUGGUGAAAUAAUGGACGACGCGUUCUGUGGAGGUGGAGAUGCGAAUAACGGACUCACGAAUACCGCAAUUCCAAUUCAAGCCAGUGCUAUCAACAUGAUCAAGGCCGCAAUUUUCAUGGGUAACCCACGCUACAUUUAUGGACUUUCUUAUGAGGUUGGUACCUGUAGAGCUCAUGGAUUCGCACCUCGUCCCUCUGGGUUUUCUUGUCCAUCCGCUUCAAAGAUAAAGUCUUAUUGCGACGCUGCUGACCCGUACUGCUGUACUGGUUCUGAUGCAAACACCCAUCAAGGUUACGGUACCGAAUAUGGUCAACAAGCCUUAACAUUCGUAAAUGCACAACUCGCUUCAUCUGGUACGUCCCCAACUACUACUCCAUCUAGCCCCGGUACCACAACUACCAUUACCUCCCCUGGAUCCACUGGAGUCGCGCAUUAUGGACAAUGUGGUGGAACUGGGUAUACGGGUAGUACAACUUGUGCUAGCCCAUAUACGUGCACUUAUGCAAAUGCUUAUUAUUCUCAAUGUCUUUAG